CCAGACCCACAGUCACGUGGUUUUAUUUACGUUUUCAGCUUAUUAGCGAACGAAAGAAAUGUAUACAAUGCAAAAUAUUAAUUGACUUUAUUGGGCUUGCUGUCUUUUAUUGAGCUAACUGUCACUUCCAGAAUUUCAAAUUUACAUUCUUAAUAUGGAUUUGAAGGCUGUUGUUGUUUCUGGAGAAGCUCCAGAAUCUGAUGAUGACAAUACGAACAUUACCACUGGUAUAGGAUUUCCUUCUGUGCGGAGUCCCAAUCACUGUGGCACUAUCAUUUCUGGUGAGGCUCCAGAAUCUGAUGAUGAUGGAACAAGUUUGAGCAGUAUCAGUGGAGCAGUCGAUGCUAUAGCUUGUAUGCCUUACGCUGAUAUCAAAAUACCAAAGUCUAAGAAAUAUUCCAUAAAGUACAACAGUUUGUUGCAUAAAAAGUUACAUGAAUGUAACGAAACAUUGGACAAAGAUCUCAUGCAAAUGACCGAGGAAACGAUCGGUACUGCCGUUCAAGAAUUAUCAAGCAUUAAUCGCCAACUGCUAAGAAGUGAACUUAUUCUUCAAGAGGCUGUCUGUCACUUACGCAGCGCCGGUAAUCGAACAAAGGAUGCUUCAAGCGUCUUGCAUCAGCUCGUAGAUGCCAACUUUCUACAUUCCAUUAAAACAUAAUUUAUGUAUAUACAUAAGUAUAUGUAUAAGAUAAUAUGUAUGUAUAUGUAUAAGAUACUUGUUAGAAUAUGUUAUGGACGUAAUAUUUCGAUUAUAAUAAUAACUGUAAUAAUAAUACAGAA